AUGCUGACCGAUACCCUGAUCAUCGGUGGUGGCCUGUCCGGGCUGGCCGUGGCUGCAAAGCUUGCUGCACAAGGCCGCGAUUUCCUUUUGGUCGAGGCGCGUGACCGCUUGGGCGGUCGCAUCCUGACCGUGCGCGAGGGUGCCGCUCAUUUUGAUCUGGGUCCCACGUGGUUUUGGCCAGGACAACCCAGGAUCGCAGCGCUCACCGAACGCUUAGGGCUGUCCCGGUUCGAUCAGUUCUGUCAGGGCGAUGUGAUCUUCGAGAAUGAGCAGGGCCGUGUUCAUCGUGGACGAGGGUAUGCCUCAAUGCAGGGGGCCUGGCGGCUGGAGGGGGGGUUGGGCGCCUUGAUCGCGGCCCUUGAGAAUGAGGUUCCGGCGCAACGACGCCGUGUUUCGACAACGAUCCGUAUGCUAACCCGGGCAGCACCGGGGAUCAUCGCAACGUCUGAGGAUGGCGUGAGCAUCCAGGCACGGCGGGUGGUUCUGGCCCUGCCCCCGCGCAUGGCCGUAAGAAUGUCCUUUACGCCGACGCUGCCAAUCGCUGCGUUGACAGAGCUGGAGGGAAUCGCAACCUGGAUGGCAGGCCAUGCCAAGGCCGUGGCUGUCUAUGAUCGGCCUUUUUGGCUUGAGGCUGGCCUUUCCGGUGAUGCCAUGAGUCGUCAUGGUCCGGUGGUCGAAAUCCAUGAUGCCAGCCCGGCCUCAGGCGGGCCUUAUGCCCUUUUCGGGUUCAUCGGCGUGCCGCCCAGGGCGCGAUCCGACCAACAGGCCCUGCGCCGACAGAUACAGGCCCAGUUGAUCCGUCUGUUCGGACCAGAAGCCGCCACACCAAGUAUUCUGUGUCUCAAGGACUGGGCUUAUGACCGCUUGACAGCGACCGAACUGGACGCACAGGCGCCACAUGUCAACUCGCAAUACGGUUUGCCCCGCGUUCUCAAUGGACUUUGGGAUGGCGAUUUGAUCCUUGCCGGGACCGAGGUGGCGCCUAAAUUCGGAGGAUACCUUAGGGGGCGCUGGAAGCAUCGGAGCUGGCGCUGGCAAACCUAG